CUCUGUGACAAAGCUAGCCGUGAGGUAGUGGUCCCCGAAACAUGUCUCCUCUUGCCCGGGUCGUCAUGCUGAAAAUGACCGGGGAUGGGAACCUCCCUCCCGCGUAAUUCAGCGAUUCGCUUCUUUGUUGCCUCUCUACUGGAACGUUAAAACAAGCCGAGGCGACCGGGCUCUUUAUUUAUUCAAGAGAAGAUGGCGGAGUUUUCGCCCGUCCUGCCGAUGCGGGAAGGAGGAGGACGGUUGGGCCAGCCCAUCUUCCCUCGGUCCAGGUCCGGUUCCGAGUCAGAGAGCGAACUGUCCCAGAGCCUGGCCCGGACCAAGAUCCGGUCUUACGGGAGCACAGCGAGCGUCACUGCCUCUUUGGGGGAGAAAUACAUAGAGCAUCGAGUUACAGACAGUGAUACCCUGCAAGGGAUUGCUCUCAAAUACGGUGUUACGAUGGAGCAGGUGAAGAGAGCCAAUAAGCUGUUCAGCAAUGACUGCAUUUUUCUGAGGCAUAGCCUUAACAUCCCUGUGGUGUCAGAGAAGCGCUCCAUAUUUAAUGGACUGUCUCUGGAGUCUCCUGAUGGGGACUCUGAAGCAGCAUGCCAGGAGCUAGAUAUGCCUUGUGUUGUGACGCAGGACAUCGAGGGACCCUCGCCUCCCCCUUCCCCACCCCCUGAGGACUCCAAACCCCCUCAGCCCGAGGAGCUGUCAGCCAAAGACUUCUUACAUAGACUGGACUUGCAAAUCAAACAGUCAAAGCAGGCAGCACGCAGGCUGAAAGAAGAGGAAGUAAGGAGCAAUGAGGAUGACUACACGGCCCCUACGUCGUCAUACCAGGAGAUAUAAAGCACCUGUCUGUUUACCUUAAGCCCUGUCUCAGACACUCACACCCGCAUACUCAAAAACACACAAACACUCCCACAACCUCAUUGCUUUUCAUUUCCUCUUUACCUUUUUGCUUUUUCAAACCCCCUCUUUGAACAAAUGUCAUGUUUGCCUUUUUAUUUAUUGAUAUGCAAAUAUCCUGCGUGGACGAUUGUUAUUGUUUUGUGCAGUUUUACCAGGAGACUCUGCAGUGAAAGGGGAACAUCUCGUAUAAAUAGCACCUAAGCCCACACCUCCGUCCACUCCUCAUAUGCUGCUGUACAGAACCCACCUGCUGCACAUGUUUACACACACGCAGAGGCACAAAGCGCUAAGAAACCCCAGGAGGAUUAGCCUGUUAACCGCUAACUGCUUCUGAUGUUCUAAAUCCCCUCUUAGAAUAGUAUCAUUGGAAAGUGCAUUCAGGCCUUCCUCAUCAGUGUUUACCCAGUAUGAGCUCACCCAGGACUGAAGCAAUGGAUGGACUCGAGCCUUUUGGACACGUCCCGUUUGCCUCAUUGAAGCUUUUUUUCUUUGGGAACAGAAGGGAGUGCUCUAUUUUUUUGAGGUGUGAAUGCAUUAUUUAUGUGUGCGGAGAACUGUCUGUAACUGCUGUUAUAUUGUGCUUUAAAAUUCUAUUGUUUUAUUUGGGAGAAUAAAUGUGUAUUUAAACCAAAA